AUGACCUUUUCUGAUGAUGCACCUGCAUCGUCUCCUGGCCCUGCCACGUCAUUAGAAGACUCCUUGAAAUACUACAAAUCACAGUAUGAAUUAGUUGAGGCGGAACUCGCCGAAUUUCAAGCCUCGAGUAAAGACCUCGAAGCGGAGCUCGAGAAAGACAUCGAGGCUUCAGAAAAACGUGAACGCCAAUUAAAGGAGAAGGCAGCCAAUCUCCAGUAUGAGGUCGACGAAUGGAAAACGAAAUACCGACAAUCCAAGACCGAAGCCUCCAACGCUCAAAAUACCCUCCAGAAAGAAAUCACCGAAUUACGCGACACCAACCGGACCCUUACAAUGCGCCUCCGAGACAUCGAGGUGGCCAACGAUGACUACGAAAAGAAACAACGCAACACCGAAUCCUCCCUCGAAGACAUGGAAUCAAGAUACAACCAAGCCAUUGAACGAAGUGUCCUGUUGGAAGAGGAGAUGCGAGUCAAUGAACAAGAACGAGAAGCUCUUCGGAUAGAUGCUCAACGCUUCAGGGACGAACUCUCUGAUCUCAGAGUCGAAGCCGACAUUACCAAGAACAAGCUGGAGAUGGAGAUCUCAAAGACUUCGCGCAUCCGGAAGAACCUGACCCUACAGCCCAUCACCAUUUCAGCAUCCCCCCGAUCCGAAUUGUCUCCCACCACGACCAACGCCUCCUCACCCACGUUCGAUACUCCGCCAGCAAAGACGGCUUCCUCUUCAGGAAUUUCCGAUGCUCCUACUCCCCCAUCUCCCCCAGUCUCCGAUCAAUCUGUCAACACAAAGUCAUCGGUGCCAGCAGCGACUUCCAUUCCCAAGACCAGAUCGUCUCUUAAUGGUGCCUCGAUCCCCCGUCCCUCCGUUACCUCCAGCAUCACUCCAAAACCUCCCAGUCACGCACGUGGUGGUUCCGUUGCCACUGUUGGUUACUCGAGACCUUCUUCCAACUUCCGUCAGAGUUUGACCAAACAUCAAGCUGGAGUUACUCGGAAUGGUGGUCUACCACAAUCCACAUCAAUCAUUCAUCUUAGGAACUUGCGAGGAAAGAUGCAACAACUCGAGGCUCGUGUUCAGACGGCCAGGUCGAAGCUUCCCGCUCCAGUGAGUACUCCGCCUCGGAGCUCACCCAGAAGUGGAUCAGCGUUGGGUCAUCAUAUUCCAGCUUCUGUCACUGUUCGAAGUCGAAAACGCACCAAUGGCAGUACGAUAAGCGGUGUUGAUUCGCUCCCCGACAAAGCGUCAGACACCCCAUCAAUGCCCAAAGCCAAAACCUUUCACACAUCAUCUGUACAACGAGCUCCUCCAUCUCCAACACGUGGUGAAAUGGCAGCACCACCACCACGUCCUCACAGCAGAGCUAGCGGAGUCAUUUCAAGUCGAGCAUCAUAUGCACCCACACACAGCCGUCCAGGAAGCCGAGCUAGUAUCUCUGGCUUCCGUGCACCAUUGGGUAGUGGAGUUGGUUCUCAACAUGCCCCAAAUGCUUCGACGGAUAGGAUUCGACCUAAGAGCAGUCUUUCCACAUAUGGUUGUGAUGGAGCAUUUGAUUCAGAGACCAGCGAUCUCUCUAUCAUGUCUGACCUAAAAGACACAGCUACUCCAACCCCUCGGCGAACAACCUUUGCUAAACGAACGAGCGAUGUUGGCUCAGCUAUACCUAGCCCGACCAAAAGGCAAAGUUUAAAUGCCGCAGCUGGGUUAAGUAGACCUUCACUGGCCCGGCGGCAAAGCUCUGGAACUCACCGAGUAGAAAGCCUGGGUGAUAUGCGUCCCCCAUCACGACAAUUGAACAAUGUUCAGGAAGGUUAUGACUUGAAUGAGACAUUUUGA